AGAGAGAGAGAGAGAGAGAGAGAGAGAGAGAGAGAGAGAGAGAGGAUCCACUGGUCGCACUGAAACACUGGAGAAGAACACAAGAAAUCCUGAAGCCUCAUCACAGCUUAACUGUGCAUUAGCACAUCGGACCAACACUACCGGAACAUUACUGGAACAUUUCGCAAGCUUUUAGAGGGGAUUCUAUUUACCACGUUCAGUGAAGACCCCUCUUUUACUGUGUGCGUGUGUGUGUGAAUGUUUGUGUGUCUCGCUGUGGGCAUCGCUGAGGAUGAGGACCUUGCAGGACUACCAUAGGAUCUCCUUGACUUUAAAGAAGUGGUUCUACCCACAGAGGAACCCUUGAGGAACUCGGAGGAAUCAUGCUUUAGCUUAACCCCAGAGCAAGAGAGAAAGCAAGAAGCCCCCUUUUCUAUCUACAUCCACACUAUCGCACACAUAUUACAAAGACAUACGAGUGGGCAAAAGGUCCCUGUGUCCUGUCCAGUGAUUGGUGAAGAGACAGGGAGGCCUGGCAUUCCAUCCAUUGGUUAGUCCUGAUCGAGUAGAGUGGCAUGAGUGUGGGCAAGUCCCACAGGUACAGUGUUGUGUCAUCAUCGGAGGAGGACGUCCAUCGCCACGGCAACAUGCCCGCCCUCGGGAAUGGCUUUGGAAAUGGGAAGAUCCAGACACGGCGGAAGGCACGCAGCCGCUUUGUCAACAAGACUGGCCAGUGCAAUGUUAGCUUCACACAUAUGGAAGAGCAGUCACAGCGCUACCUGGCAGACAUCUUCACCACCUGUGUGGACAUUCGCUGGCGCUGGAUGUUUGUCCUCUUCUCACUUGCAUUCAUCCUGUCCUGGUUGGCAUUUGGGUUCAUCUUCUGGGUACUUGCCCUCAUGCACGGCGACAUGGACAGAACUUCUGGGGAUGACUUCACGCCCUGUGUCAUGCAGGUCAACAGCUUCGUUGCGGCCUUCCUGUUCUCGGUUGAGACACAGACCACGAUUGGCUACGGCUUUCGCUGUGUGACGGAAGAGUGCCCAAUGGCCGUCUUCAUGGUGGUCGUGCAGUCCAUUUUGGGCUGCAUCAUUGACUCCUUUAUGAUUGGCGCCAUUAUGGCCAAAAUGGCACGACCCAAGAAACGAGCAGAGACCUUGCUGUUUUCCCACAAUGCCGUGAUUGCCAUGCGGGAUGGCAAGCUGUGCCUGAUGUGGCGAGUGGGGAACUUGCGGAAAAGCCACAUAGUGGAAGCCCAUGUGCGAGCGCAGUUGAUCAAGCCAAGAAUGACAGAAGAGGGAGAGUAUAUCCCUCUUGACCAGAUUGACAUCAAUGUAGGGUACGACCAAGGUCUGGACCGUAUCUUUCUCGUCUCACCCCUCACCAUCAUCCAUGAGAUCAAUGAGGAAAGUCCUCUUUUUGGAAUCAGCAAGCAGGAUCUGGACAAUACGGACUUUGAGAUUGUGGUGAUCCUAGAGGGCAUGGUUGAAGCCACAGCAAUGACAGCUCAGGUGCGCAGCUCUUACCUGUCCAGUGAAAUCUUAUGGGGCCAUCGCUUUGAGCCAGUGGUGUUUGAGGAGAAGAACCACUACAAGAAACACAGUGGCUAUCUACUUCUAUACAGAGGACACAGCCAACAACCCACACAAUCAUUCAUGCUCAGGAUGCACUCUCUUGCACAGCAGAACAUGUACGGAACAAGCACAGAGAUAGCUGGAGCUAAGAGAAAAAUGGUGUUGAAAUUAGGUUGCCUCUAACUAGGACUGGGUAAAAGCACCCAUAUUGUGCUAUAGCACAAAUUCUAUGUCUGGAUUUUAUAUCUGUUGCAUUGUGAUGAAUGUGCUGUAGCUCCAACCUUGAAUGAAGGCUGCUAACACAAAAACUGCUAGCAACUAGCAACAUAAUCUACAGCAGGGAAACAAAAAACUAACUUCUGAAACUCAAAUAAAUCCAGUCUUGGUUAUAAUUAUCCCUACUGUUGCAUGGUUCCUGUACUGGGACAUAUAUUGAAAAGGCCUUUGAUACACUGAGCAGGCCUCAUUGUUUAAAGGCUUGCUAAUGCUAAAGGGCAUGGUGCAAUACUAAGUGUUAAUCUACUUUUGAGUGAUGAGGGUGAUGAUCAAAUGCUUAAAGCUUGUUAUGACUAAUGCUCAAGGUUAAUCCAGAGCAAUUGGGGGGGGGGGGCUGCAUUUGAACAAAUCACCUCAGAUGUUGGACUGAAGGGAUGUGCAAUAAAAAUGUACACUGCUUGACCUUUACUACUCUGAAAAAUAAAGAUGCCAAAAGGAGAAACACCACAGAAGAACCACAUUUAGUUCUUUCAUUCAAUGCUUUUCCCUGUAAUUAAAGAAGAGUCUGUUUUCUGUUCCUUUUCCUGUCAAAAUUGUUGGCCAUGGUGCUCAUGUGGAAAAAUGCCAGAGUAUGCCUUUAAAAAAAAAACACCCAAUAGAAGGUUUUUAGGGGUUCUUCUAGGGCAUUGUUUCAAAGAACCCUUUUGGCACCUUUAUUUAUAAGAGUGUAGGUUAUCACCAACACAUGUUCAAACACAAUUAAGCUCAAGUAAUACACAACAGCCCCCUACAAUCUAAACUAUUGCAGCUAUUAUUACUGAGCAUGAUGAUCUCCUGAAUACCUCGUUCUCUUAAAAAAAAUCAGACAAAGGCCAGGAAGGGAGCGAGGUGUUACGGGGAGAGAGUGAGACAAAGGAGGAAUAAAUGAGAAGAGCGUGUUCACCCACUCACCCCAUCCAUCACUUGGCUCGGUGGGAGAAAACGAGCGUGCCUGAUUAAAUAAAGAAGGCAUUAUGUAAGAUAAUUUUAAUAAAUUAAACGUUUCACGGAGAUAGAUUACGGUCAGCCUCGUUCCCCAGUAGGGAAACUGGAGAGGGUAAUGGAGAGAGAGGAGAGAAAGACAUUUACCAGGCCCCCCACAUUCAUCUACCAAAUCCUUAACAUGCAUAAAUCAAGUAAUCUAUUUACAAAAACAACUCAUAGCCUUGGAAACUGGAUUAUAGUAAUGUAGUCACAUACUGGCUGAUUAUACAGUAGACUGUCUUACUAGCUGAUAACCUUUCCUUCCCAAUAACUGUCUUCUUAUUUUUACAAACUCACAAAGUCUUCCUAUCUUUCCAAGCCUAUCCCAGUAAAGUAGCUUUGUUUCCUUUUAUUUACUCCUUUUAGUGACUACUAGUACUUCUUGACUGUUUUUAACAUGCCCUUGUAUUAUUAGCUUCACCAUAUUCCCCUUUACUGAGAUCCUGUAUUAGCUGAAACGAAGAUUGCUAGAUGACCAUUUACAUAUUGCGAUCUGACAUAAAUUUGCUUUUCAGGUGUGAAAACAUGGCAGACAAACCUGCUUAUAUGUUAGAGUAAUAAGAUACUAUAAAUUUUUCAAAAAUUAUAAACUACCCUAUCUGUUGUACAUGACUGCUGAAGAACUGCUAGUUGAACUAGUUUACCUAGUACUAGUAACUAGCUUGCAAGUUAGCAUGCUAAGUACUACACAGCUAGCAACAACAAAGAGGGGCAACACACUACAGUUCUCAUUUUAAACAUGAAGCUUAAAUGAAACGGAGCAAUUAUUCACAAAGCUUAUGCAAGUUAAGCUCACUCUUCUCAAAAACAGUUUGCUAGUUUGAUUAGCUAGCCAGCUAAUUAGCUCACUGAGGCUAGCCAAGCUGAUGUCAAGUACUCUACUGGAAUCCGGCUCCUCGUUGCCUCCUCCUUUUCUAGUGCUGCGAGUGAUGACUUAAUGUAGGUGCUACGCAGAGGUGGGUAGGCCUAAUAAAGUUACUUUUACUUAGUUAUAUGUACAAGUUCAAUUUUAAUGUGUGUGCAUGGUUUUCAAAUGACUAUAUUAGUGACAAAAACUCAUAUUUCUUUAGCAUUUAGUAAUGCUAAUUUAGUCCCUUUUUUGGUAAUUACAUUGCUGAAGGCAUCUGUACUUCUCUGUGAUUGCUAUUUUUUGGUCUAUCAGUUUAUUUUGUAUCAAGAGUGCACCAAAUACAGAAGACAGAGCCUUCUUCAGUUCCUACACUGAUAGAUGCUGCAUGUACUAGGAACAUCAGUGAUUAAGUAGUCUUUACUUUUGUACAUCUGCUUGCUUUUUGGAAAUAUGCUUUUGUGUUCACUCAAGUUAUUAACUCAAUUAUAUUGUUGAAGUAACAAUACUUUUUACUUGAAUGUUUUAAUUUAGGCAACUCUACCCGCUUCCAUUGCUUCGUGCAUCAUAAGGUGAAGCCAGAGAGGGCAUGUUAAAAACAGCACUGAUACGAAAGGUUAAUCUUCUAAAAUAUUCUCUAAGUCAAAUGGGAUGAGUCGAAGCAAUACUGACUGAUGGACUUCAUUCAUUCAGAGAUGUCAUGAAAUUAGAUGUUUGUUCUGUUAUAGUUUAUUAGAUUGAGAUCAGUGCAGACCUUUUAAAGGCUAUAUAUGUUUUAAACUAUGUCUACUCCUACUUCUGUUAUGCAUAUGGUAGGAAGAAAACCUUUCUCCACAAGAGAAAACUUUGUUUUUCAGUUUUUCACAUAAUUUGAAAAUACCUCUUGCCUUUUACAUUGUAUGCAGAUUUCAUGGAUAAUGGACUAAAAGAAUUGACCCAAAAUUACCUGGAAAAAGUCUGGUUCCAUUGACAUACAUUAAAAGUAAAGUAGGUUUUCUCCUUUUCCUGUAAAGAUACCAUGGAGAUAUGAGGUUUUCUUCCAACAACAGAGAUAAGCUCUUGUUAUUUGUAAGAAGAGAAUCAAAACAGAUCUGGGAACAGAUAAAGGCUGCAUAUAGUUUUUAGAAAUUUAGAUAUUUCCACAGGUAUUUUCCCACUUGGGUAUUUGAUGUGUCUCCUAAAGUUGUAUGACAUUUCCCACCAAAGUAGGACAACUUUCUGUUGAAUGAUUCUGAGUUAAUGGAUCAUAUGUAGCGGUAGGUCUUAAAAGCGCAUUACCAAAUGUAAAGCACAUGAAACGAGCCCCAUAGCAAAUGCUGCUGCACAACUGGCUGCAGAGACAAUCGCUCUGGCAGAAAGCCUGAAUCUUCCAAAAGGCAGGUUUUGAGGAGGAGCGAAAAGUGAUUUAACAUCACAUGCUCUUAGGGAUGAUAUUUCUAUACAUAUUCUUAUAAUAUGCAUAUAAUAAGUGAAAAUGGACACGUUUUGAGAUAUGAGCUUCCUGGAGGAGGAAGAUAAGUAUAAAGAAUUAAUUCAGUGUGUGGCUCAGUCACUGACAAAGUAAAAAAGUCUACUGGCCAGACAAAAUUGGUUGCGUUCCAUUUCUGGACUAUCCUAUUUUCUACGACUUAAAGGAAUAUUCCAUUUUUUUUUCACCUAAACUUUAUUGCCACUUCUGUGACAUACUAUCAAUUACAAUAGACAAUAUCUUAAUCACAUUUCCCUGUAUUUAACUCUUUGACUCUAACUUUAAACUUUAAACACUUAGAAAAAACACAGUGAAAUAUGCAAGCUGUAAGAAAACAGCUGGUUUUAAGAACAUGUUACAAUGGCCAGACAUGACAGGUUAAAAAAAAAAAAAAAAAAAGAACAUGUUACAAUUCUAAAUAAUUUCUGCCCUAAAGUAGUU